UAAUAAUUUCUAUAAAUACACCUUAAACAUUCAAUAUGUCAUCUGGUUCAGACGAGGAAGAGAUUCAAACAGAAGUGAUAUAUGAAGGCUCCGUUGAGGAAAGCUCUGUGGAAGAUCCACCCAUGACCGAGUGGUCUUCAUUGAUCAUAGAAAUGCCAGAAGAAAAUCUUAAGAAAGUUUUGCAUGCGCAAGGUUUGUACAAGCCUGGAAGUGGAGAAAUAUGUGGAAAGUACAUAGGUAUGUCGCAGAGUUCAGUAAUCAUCCAUCCAUACUACAACUAUCCAGCUGUGUUAGAUCCUGGAAUAAAGGAUGCCCUUCUUAAACCGGAACCAAGAGUUGUAUAUCCUGAAGAUGGACAGGAUUUAUACUUGUCUGUUUGCAGGGAAAUGAAUCAAUGUCCAGUCAGAAUGUUCCAUCAAGGGUUAGUCACGGAUACAAUUGACUUGAGGUACUAUAGCGUGAACCCAUAUGGAGUUCGUCCAAUGGCGCUAGCACUGCAGUAUAAUAAGAAUGUUACAACAUUCAACUUAACCGAUAAUUUCCUUAACGAUGAUGCAUGCUUCCAUCUCGGAGAUAUGUUAACAUCAAAUUCUAAUUUAACUGAGUUGAACUUAUCCGGCUGCAGGAUUGGAGCAUCAGGAGCCUCAAAACUCUUUUCCGGAUUAUUGUUGAAUAAAAACCUACGAAUUUUAAACUUGGACAAAAAUGAGUUAGGUGAUCUUGGCAUAGAGCAUUUUGCCCAAGUAGUCUUUCGAGGUAUCAAUCUGAAACAAAUUUCUUUGAGCAAAAAUAAUAUUACUGGCAAGUCAAUCAAUAUAUUGGCUGAAGCUUUUGAAACACACAACCAUCUAACACAUAUUGAUAUUUCAAGGAAUAAUUUAAGUGCACCACAAAAUGGAAUUGUGAAUUUACUUAAUCAAUUGGCUGAAAAUAAAGCAUUGCAAGAACUAUAUCUCUCAUGGGAUGCUCUAUCCGGUGUCCGUACUGCAACUGCUAUAAAAGCAGUGACGAGAGCUCCUAAUUUACGAGUAUUAGAUCUCAGUUAUAAUAGACUUGUAGGCGAAGCAGUUGAAACUUUAAUAGGAAGUCUCGGUAAAGCGAAAAAGAUGGUGACUCUCAAUUUAUCCAACAAUCCUAUGACACCGGAAGAUGCUCUUAAGGUACUAAAUAAAAUGAAAUCCAAUGCAGUUAAAAUACAAAAUCUUAUCAUGGAAAAUGUUUCCGUGAACAUGACCUUUUUAAAGGUCUUCAAUCAAAUUAAAUCAUUGAAAACAAAGAAAAAUGCUGUUAUUGUGUAUGGCGGUGUCCUUGGAGCUUAUGAUAUAGCCGGUCCAGACAUGAGAGACCUGGUUCUCAAUCGCGCCGAGUUUUUAACUAAGAAGGGUAAAAAACACAAAGUCGACGUCGCACUAAUGGCAAUGCAGAUUUUGAAAGACAAUGGGGAAAUAAUGCCGACCAAAGAAUUUGCCGAUGCAGUUGCAGCAACUGGCGCGCCUUUGGAUGAUGAUCUUGUCAAUGAAAUCGCCUCAACUUUUCCGGGACCGAAAACGGCAAAGACAAAAACUGUAGAUCUAGCAAGCCUCGUCGAUUUCGUCAAGAGAAAAUGGCCAGAUAGAGAAUUACCUCCUACACCUCCACCAGAACCUGAGGUGCAACCAGAAGAAGAAAUUCAGCCAAUAGAAGAAACAAAAAAUGAAUCAACCAAAACACCAAAGAAAAACAAGAAUACUGGUUUUAAAUAGUUUCCAUCAAGCGAUAUCGUUUAUAUUAUUUUUUUA